UCUCACUGAGAGCAGAUCGCUUCCUGGCAUCCAAGCUAAAGGCCACAAGCAAGCACAAGAGUGAGAGAAGAAGCAGCAGUCAGAACUCAGAAUGGCACCCACUGCAACUUUGGAAAUCUCAUCUUACCAACUGUCCCGCAAAGUCAGAAAACCUCUCGUGGAAAAGCAAAGACGGGACAGGAUCAAUAACCUCCUGGAGCACCUGAAGAGCAUCGUUCUGGACAGCAGCCAGCAUGAGCAUGCGUCAACGUCCAAACUGGAGAAGGCAGACAUCCUGGAGCUGACGAUCAAAUACCUCUGCAAGGUGCAGCAGCAGACGCCAGGCGCCCUGCACCCCGCUGCCCACGUCAAGGGGGCCUGCGCUGGAGGCCACGCGGCGUCCACAAGAGAGCGGCAGUCCUUCUCGCCGGGGCCCCACGGCUCGGCCUGGGACAGCGGCGCAGAAGACUUCACAUUCACCAAGAGGAAGAGCGAGCAGCUGUGGAGGCCGUGGUGAUUCCAGAAUUUGAGAAAAGCCUUCCUCCCUGAUGGAACACUUUCCUCCCCGUUAAUCCUUAGUGUGGCGUUUUUGUUUGCUUUAAAACGAAAAGAGCACACGUAAAUAAGGUUAUCUUUGUUACAAAAGACAUGCAAGGCCAAUAUUAAAUAUUGAAUUUAUAUUUUGAAACAAUUUCAGAAUCUGGUCCAAUGGAUCCCAACUGAUCUUAGUGAUGAUAAAUACGUUUGAGUAUUUUGUAGCCAUGAAUAUGAAUUUGUGGGGGAAAAAAUGAAUACACUUUCUUCCAUGAAGAAUUGUUUGUAGCCAUCUGUUGUGGCCUUAGUCAUGUUUAAACGUGACAGAUUUGACAUUUCCAAAAUAAUGUGGCUUCUACGUGCCUUAAGAAAAACUGUCCCUGUUAUUGUGUUUGUCAACCAUAUGUUAACAUUGAUAUUGGUAUUACACAUUUUUACUGUAUUGUACCAUAAUAGAUGUAGAGUUCUACGUUCAACUACUCUUAAAAUUACAGGACCUGCAUUUUAACGACGUGUAACAUUUAUUAAGUAGACUGUAAUGUCAUCAUAUUAAUGUCCCUCUAUUGCGAGAAAUGUUGUUUCCUGUGGAAAUUUAAUUAUAUCGACUGUAUUCGGUAUAAUGUGCUGUAUCGGUAGCAGAGUCUAUGCUGCAAAAGUGCCAAUUGCAUGCAAAGAAAAUACAUCGUUUGUACGUUGCCCAUGUAUUAUUUGCAUUCCUUGUACUUUAUGAAUGUUGUUCUCAGACUCGAUUGUAAUCAAUAAACAUU